AUGGAUGGACCCCUGGUGGGCGGCCAGGCUGCCCCAGACCGUCCUCGAGGCCCCGAGAGACUGCCCGGCCCAGCACCGAGAGAGGACAUUGAGGGUGGGGCCGAGGCAGCGGAAGGGGACGGUGGCAUCUUCCGGUCCACCCAUUACCUGCCCAUCACCAAGGAGGGCCCCCGAGACGUUCUGGAUGGCAGAGGUGGCAUCUCUGACGGGCAGUCCCAUCCCGGCCUCAACGAAGCCCUCCCCCGUGCCACCUCCGCCACCCAUCGGAUCAGCAGCUGCUGCUGGGAUGGAGGCAGCCUGGACUUCCGGCCAGGUUCCCCACCACCCCAUCUCCUGGGCCACUUCUCUGGCCUCCCUGAUGGCCGGGGGCCCUGGGAGCACCCCCUGGUCCAGGAAGCUGGGGAGGGCAUCCCCUCUGAGCAGAGGUUCGAGGACUCGGUCAUUGUGAGAACUGUGAAGCCCCACGCUGAGCUUGAGGGCUCUGGAAGGUUCUUGUACCACCAGGGCGAACCGAAGCUCUCGGAGAAGUCCCCGCAGGGCCACUCCAGGUUCAGCUGGCUCCAAGACUCAGAGGAGCAGUCCCCACCCCAGAACGCAGGGCUGCCCCUGGACCUGCUGCCCCCACCGCCGCCUCUCACCUCCUUCAGGACCGUGCUGGUGCCUGGAGAGGGCGCCGCGAAGAACUUGGAUGUGGAGGAAGGAGCCAGGGAGCACUUGACAGAUCUGGAGGGUCUGGCCCAGCCAGCCUCGGAGUGGUGUCUGCCUAGGUCAGCCACGGAAGUGGCCACUCAGACCUGGACGGUGAACGCAGAGGCAUCUGUGGAGCGCCUGCAGCCACUGCUGCCCCCCGUCCGGACCGGUCCCUACCUGUGUGAGCUGCUGCAGGAGGUGGCUGAGGGGGUGGCCAGCCCGGAGGAGGACGAGGACGAGGACCCCACCGUAUUCCCGUGCGUGGAGUGCAGCAUCUACUUCAAGCAGAAGGAGCACCUCCUGGAGCACAUGAGCCAGCAUCGCCGAGCCCCAGGCCAGGAGCCGCCCGCCAACUUGGCCCCACUGGCCUGCGGCGAGUGUGGCUGGGCCUUCGCUGACCCCUGUGCCCUGGAGCACCACCGGCAGCGGCACCAGGCCUCCCGGGAGAAGAUUCUCGAAGAAAUCCAGAAGCUGAAGCGGGUCCCGAACGACGAGGGCCGGGAGGCGCGGCUGCAGUGCUCUAAGUGUGUCUUUGGCACCAGUUCCUCCAAGGCCUUCGUGCAGCAUGCCAAGCUGCACGUGCGCGAGUCACCGGGCCAGGCUGCCAAGGAGCACUUUGGGGGGGGCAGCCCGGGCCCCGACGCCGCUGCCCUCGGCUAUGAGCCCUAUGGAGCCUCCCCGGGCCUCCAUGCUUGCAUCUUCUGUGGCUUCCCAGCGCCCAGCGAGAGCCUACUCAGGGAGCACGUGAGGCUCGUGCACGCCCGUCCCCACUGGGAGGAGGAUGGCGAGGCGUUUGAGGAGAACCCUGCCAGCCAGCCUGGCACCAGCCAGGACGUGUAUGCCCGCUUCCCCGAAGCUGCUGAGGACUACUUUGGCAACGCUGAGCCGUUUUUGGAGAACCCUACUGGAUACGACCCCAGCCUGGCCUUUGGCCCAGGCUGCCAGCAGCUGGGCAGAAGGGAUUUCCCACUGUCAAAGCCACUGCCGCACAGCGUGGGCCAGAGGCCCCUGGGAAGGCCAGCCUUUCCCUCGCCCCUGGCAUCCACCCCGUAUUCCUUACAGCCCAGUAGAAGCGAAAACGCUAUCCAUUUGCAGGGGCUCCCAGCCCCACUGGGGGACCAAAGACACCCCUGGAGCGAAGAGGAGGAGGAGGAUAUGCAGCUGGCCUCAGAAAUGGACUUUUUCCCCGAAAGCGGGGUCUUCCCACCUCUCGCUGUCCCUGGCCUCAUCCCAGAGCCAGCCCUGGAGCUGAAGCGGACUUUCCGAGAAGCCCUGCGGUCGGCCGAGGCCUCCCCAGCACAGCAGCAGCAGCUCCUUGGGAUGGUACCCAUCGUGCUGGUGGCCAAGCUGAGGUCCCAGGUCUUGGCUGCGGCCGCGAGGGCGCCCCCAAGGCUGCCGCCCGAGGAGCUGGGGCUGGAGGGCACCCACCCCUUGGACUUCCUCCUCCUGGAUGCGUCGCUGGGCAGCCCGCUGGGGCUGGACACAAUCCUGGGUGGGGACCCCGCGGCGGCACUGAAGCACGAGGAGCGGAAGUGCCCCUACUGCCCCGAUCGCUUCCACAAUGGCAUCGGCCUGGCAAACCACGUGCGGGGCCACCUAAACCGUGUGGGCGUCAGCUACAAUGUCCGGCAUUUCAUCUCCGCCGAGGAGGUGAAGGCCAUCGAACAAAGCUUCUCCUUCCAGAAGAAGAAGAAAAAAGUGGCUAACUUUGACCCUGGUACCUUCAGCCUGAUGCGCUGUGACUUCUGCGGGGCCGGCUUCGACACCAGGGCUGGCCUCUCCAGCCACGCCCGGGCCCACCUGCGUGACUUUGGCAUCACUAACUGGGAGCUCACCGUGUCACCCAUCAACAUCCUACAGGAGCUGCUGGCCACAUCGGCCGCCGAGAGGCCCCCCAGCCCCCUUGGCCAUGAGCCCGGGGGGCUGCCUGGUGGCUAUCUGACCCCUCGCAGGCCCCGCUUACCUCUCACAGUGCCCUUCCCACCCACCUGGGCUGAGGACCCUGGGCCAGCCUACGGAGAUGCCCAGAGCCUGACCACCUGCGAGGUCUGCGGUGCCUGCUUUGAGACACGCAAGGGCCUGUCCAGCCAUGCGCGCUCCCACCUGCGGCAGCUGGGUGUGGCCGAGUCUGAGAGCAGCGGUGCCCCCAUCGACCUCCUCUACGAGCUCGUGAAGCAGAAGGGCCUGCCUGACACACCCCUUGGGCUGCCCCCGGGCCUGACUAAGAAGUCCAGCUCCCCGAAGGAGGUGGUCGCUGGGGCCCCCCGACAGAGCCUGCUCAGCCUGGCCAAGCCCCUGGACGCCCCUGCUAUCAACAAGGCCAUCAAGUCGCCUCCUGGCUUCUCAGCCAAGGGCCUGGCUCACCCGCCCAGCUCCCCACUGCUCAAGAAGGCGCCACUGGCCCUGGCAGGCUCCCCUAUCCCCAAGAAUCCUGAGGACAAGAGCCCCCAGCUGUCCCUGAGUCCCCGGCCGAUCUCCCCAAAGGCACAGUGGCCUCAGUCUGAGGACGAGGGGCCCCUGAACCUCACUUUAGAUAGUGACGGGGGCAGAGAGCUGGACUGCCAGCUGUGCGGUGCCUGGUUUGAGACCCGCAAGGGCCUGUCCAGCCACGCCCGCGCCCACCUGCGCCACCUGGGCGUCAGCGACCCGGAUGCCAAGGGAUCCCCCAUAGACGUGCUCCACGGGCUCAUCAGGAGGGUCGGCAUCCAGAAUCGCCUCCCACCCGGGCGCAGCGUGCUGGCCCAGCUGGGGCGGCCUCCUCCCACCUCCACGGCCCUCUCCUUGCUCCCCCCCCCACCGCCGGCCAAGAAGGCCAAGCUGAAGGCUGCGGGUAUGGCCAGCCCCUGGGGGAAGCAGGACCUCUCGGCCGCCGCAGCCGCUGGCAUUUUCUGGGCCUCUGAUGUGGAGCCGUCUCCUCUCAACCUCUCCUCAGGCCCAGAGCCAGCUCGCGAUAUCCGCUGCGAGUUCUGUGGUGAGUUCUUCGAGAACCGAAAGGGUCUUUCCAGCCACGCGCGCUCCCACCUGCGGCAGAUGGGUGUGACUGAGUGGUAUGUCAACGGCUCGCCCAUCGACACGCUGCGGGAGAUCCUCAAGAGGCGGACUCAGUCCCGGCCUGGAGGACCCCUCAGUCCACCAGGACCCAGUCCAAAAGCCUUGGCCAAGGUGGUGGGCAGCGGAGGUCUUGGCAGCUCGCUGGAAGCCCGCAGCCCUGCAGACCUUCACCUCUCGCCCCUGGCCAAGAAGUUGCCACCACCAGGCAGUCCCCUGGGCCACUCACCAACUGCUUCUCCUCCCACGGCCAGAAAGAUGUUCUCAGGCCUGACUGCACCCUCCCUGACCAAGAAGCUGAAGCCUGAACAAAUGCGUGUGGAGAUCAAGCGUGAGAUGCUGCCAGGGACCCUUCAUGGGGAGCUACACCCGUCUGAGGGUCCCUGGGUGGCGUCACGGGAAGACAUGGCCCCCCUGAACCUGUCAUCUCGGGCAGAGCCAGUGCGUGACAUCCGCUGUGAGUUCUGCGGUGAGUUCUUUGAGAACCGAAAAGGCCUGUCCAGCCACGCACGCUCCCACCUGCGACAGAUGGGUGUGACUGAGUGGUCCGUCAAUGGCUCGCCCAUCGACACGCUUCGGGAGAUCCUUAAGAAGAAGUCUAAGCUGUGCCUCAUCAAGAAGGAGCCUCCAGCUGGAGACCUGGCCCCUGCCUUGGUUGAGGAUGGGCCCCCUACAGUGGUUCCUGGGUCUAUACAGCCCCUCCUGCCGCUGGUGCCAAUGGCUGGCCGGCCAGGCAAACCAGGAGCUGGGCUGGCCCAGGUACCCCGUGAGCUCAACCUGGCACCCCUCACCGGUGCCAAGCCCUCAGCCACCAGCUACCUGGGCUCAGUGGCAGCCAAGCGACCCCUGCAGGAGGAUCGCUUCCUCUCUGCAGAGGUCAAGGCCAAGACCUACAUCCAGACUGAACUGCCCUUCAAGGCAAAGACCCUUCACGAGAAGACCUCCCACUCCUCCACCGAGGCCUGCUGUGAGCUGUGUGGCCUUUACUUCGAAAACCGCAAGGCCCUGGCCAGCCAUGCUCGGGCGCAUCUGCGGCAGUUCGGUGUGACUGAGUGGUGCGUGAAUGGCUCACCCAUUGAGACGCUGAGCGAGUGGAUCAAGCACCGGCCCCAGAAGGUGGGCGCCUACCGCAGCUACAUCCAGGGCGGCCGCCCCUUCACCAAGAAGUUCCGAAACGCUGGCCACGGCCGUGAGGGCGACAAGCGGCUACACCUGGGGCUGGCACCUGGGGGCCUGUCCAUGGUGGGCCGCAGUGCUGGGGGUGAGCCAGGGCCGGAGGCUGGCCGGGCAGCCGACAGUGGUGAGCGGCCUUUGGCAGCCAGCCCACCGGGCACUGUGAAAGCCGAGGAGCACCAGCGGCAGAACAUCAACAAAUUUGAGCGCCGACAAGCCCGCCCUACAGAUUCCUCUGCGGCCAGGGGGGGUGAGGAGGCCAAUGACCUGCAGCAGAAGCUGGAGGAGGUGCGGCAACCCCCACCCCGGGUCCGGCCAGUCCCCUCCUUGGUGCCUCGUCCCCCCCAGACAUCACUGGUUAAGUUCGUCGGCAACAUCUAUACCCUCAAGUGCAGGUUCUGUGAGGUGGAAUUCCAGGGACCUCUCUCCAUCCAGGAGGAGUGGGUGCGGCACUUACAGCGGCACAUCCUGGAGAUGAAUUUCUCCAAAGCAGACCCCCCGCCUGAGGAGCCCCAGGCCCCUCCAGCACAGACAGCGGCGGCAGAGGCACCCUAA